CGUCAGCGGCCGCCGGCUGAUCAGUCGAGUACGUGACAUUACGCGAAUUUGAGGUACGGUGGAUCUAUUACUUUACGUAUAGCUACGGUAAAAGUCUUAUCUUUUUUUUUCCCAACACCGCUGAUACUAUUCCAUCGUUGGAAACCGCUUCUCGAUUCGUUUCCGAUAUCUCAUUCCUUGCUUUCGUUACACUGUCGGUUACUGAAAAAAAAAUCACGCUGUCGUCUCGCGAAGGAACGAAGCCGACAAGAAAAUCCGUACCAUUGUGCUGGCUUUUCGUCCAUCGUUGGACGUUCUCGUGAAAUCAUGGAGGUCCUGCCGUGUCCCGUCAACGUGGAUUUCAGCAACACCAGAGCUGGAAGUGCGACGGACGAAUUGGACGGUGCUUGCCAGGCGCUGGCAAAGAGGCUGGAAGUCGAGCUUAGGAGGGCUAAACACGCCCAGCUGGCCUGCGGCGAGGUUCUUCUACCGGCCAAUUUGCUGCCUAAGGUAGCCAAAGACGUACUUACCAUGGCAGAGAACGAGCCCUGUGGCCUUAGAGGCUGCACACUGUUCAUUAGUUUCGAGACGGACAGCAUGUGUCGCAAACUGUCGAAAAUACAGUGCGAUCCAAGUGCUGUGUCGACGUUCGAGCUCUAUCUCACAUUGAAGCAGGACUACACGUCUUGGCACAUGCUGCUACCUCAGUUCUUAAAAAAUCUCACGCGCGGCGGUACCAUCAUGAUCAGUAGGGACUUUACUCUAGAGAAGAAGAAACUCUACAGAUCUUACCAGCAAUCUCAUUGAGGGAUUUCGGAUCACACAUUUUUCACACGUUUUUCACCCGUUUUUUGCCUGUGCGUAAACGGAUGCGGCCACACAUUCUUGUCAGUCUGCCGCCCUGCGGGCGAAUGUCAGCUGACUUUGUACAAUAUCGCAAGACCAGGGGAAGAAGAAAUUCUAAGGAAAACGGAAGCAACAAUACAGACCAGAGGUUAGACUUUUGUCGUUGUAAUGACACGUGAGAUAUUUUGCGUUUAACUCUUUAACCGGAUAAAUAUGCCUUUGUAUUUUCUAUACAAAGCAACGUUUCGCUUUGGAGAGCUUUUGCGCAAAAAAGAUUGUCGGGGAAUUCGAGAGAGAUAUAAAAUAGUUUAUAUUAUUAUUUUAUGUAAUCCUUGCCUUGCGGUGACUGUCUUUUGAAAAAUCAGAUCUUGUGUCAAGUAUCUAAUAAUAAUGUGUACAUUUAAUAAUUUGAAAAUUUUGGUGACGAGCAAUUUAACAAACCGAAAUUUAUAGGAAUCUAAGAAAUUAAGAAUCCAGAGAUUUCAGAAUUUACAAGAUUUUAUAAAAAAGUUUGCGAUGUUGAAGAUUGCGUAGAAUUUAAGAGGCUUUUAGAAUCUAGUGGUUUAGAUUUGGAAUUGAAGGAUAUUGUAACAAUAACAAGUUUUGAUGAAUUUAACAAAAGAUUUUCAUUGUUAAACAGCGAAUCGGUUAAAGGGUUUAACGAUAACAUCACUCUUUGUUUUGUCCGCUGUCGCCUUGCAAUAUUAUAUCCAAGGAGAGAGAGGCCUACGAUAAUUGUGAUAGUGCGAAAUAAAUUCUAUAAUAUAUAGUAGUAGCAGCAGCAGCAGCAGAUCUUGUCGCGAGGAGAGCCUCUCGCGUCUUCGUUCUCGAAGAAGAGAUAUGUGAUUAUAAGACUUGUAACAAAUUUCACGUGAUAUGUAGCGAAUAUAAUUAAUAGUUUUAGAGAGAGAGAGAGAGAGAGAGAGAGAGAGAGAGAGAGAGAGAGAGAGAGAGAGAGAGAGAGAGAGAUUGAAAGAGAGAGAGCGCGUUUUACUGAUUAAUCAUAGUCGGGUAGCUAUAGUCGCAUCGAAUGUGUUUAGCAAUCGAUCUUUCAAAGCUCGCAUUACAAGUGAGCGCAUGUUGUCCAUUUUUUUUUUUUUUUCGUUGCAAAAUGUGAAAUGAUCAUGUUGGAAUAACGUGGCAGUGUGUUUUUCAAUGUAAGAAUUUUCUUCGCGGAGAUCUCUUGCAGUAUAGCCCAGAAGAAUAGGUAACAAGACUGUUAUUUCGUGAUUAAUUUAACUGUUAACAUUAACAUUAAAAAUGAUUCGAUCUUAUAACCGAAACAUUUUAAAUAAUGAGAAAAGCGUAAACUUAGAAUUUACAAUUAAUUUUUACAUUUUCGAUUAAAACUCUCGAGAAAGAGAAUUUAUCUACUUUAAAAACUAUAUAGCAAAAGUAUAUUUCGAUAGUGUAUUUAUAUAUGCGCACACUUUUCUGUGACAUCCUGAACCUCGGUUGGUAGAGAUGAUGGUACAGAUGUUCGGUCCAUUUCAUCAUUCCAUCGAUUGAUCUUUCCCUCUCAUUUCCCCAUCAUUUUCUCCCUUCGUAACAAGCCGUGAAAAAGCCUGUGAAAAAUCUCAUUUAGAUUAAAAUAAUAACAUUCUCUCUCGUCGCUGAUAAUCAUCGCGCUAAAUAUCAUUGUUUAAAAUGUUAACAAUAUGAUUUGUCUCAACCUGUUCAAAUCAUUCAACUUGUAUUGGGAGCUGUGCACUUUCGUUUUCGAUUUGUACCAAUUGGUUUUCAUUUAAAUUUAUAUAUUUUGUAAAAUUUUGUUUUAAAUUCUUGCGAAUAUAUUGCGAUUCUUGCGAAUUAUUUUUCGAUAAAACUCGUACGUUGAUGAAUAUUUACUCGUUGUUGAAAAUUUGGUGGCAAGAAACUCGAUACAUAAGUAUCGCUCCUUGUGGAACUUUGUUUCACAAGGAACUCGUCAAAGAUUUUUCGUUCGUUGGAAUAUUUCUAAUCAUAUCGAGAGGAUUUCCUCAAUGAAAUAAGAAUUGAAAAAGCGAUGCAAUUUCGAAUACUUCAGAGAAGUAACGAAUCUAAUAAUCGAGAGUUAAGUCAGAAAGGAGAAUUGAUCCUACUGUGUAAAACAAUUGUGUAAAAAAAUAAUUAUAAAAUCAUAUGCAAAAUAAUGACGUAACACACACACACACACACACACACACACACACACACACACACACACACACACACACACACGCAUAUAUAUCUACUAGGCUAUAAAUGUGAUUGAGUUAUAUAUCUUAAUAUAAUCUAAUAAUUGAUUCAUCUCGAAACUAUAUCGCUUGACUACUCUCUACGUAGUUUCUCAAACAGAUUUUCAAAUAGAGAAAUAAUGAUCAGCUGAGCUCUCGCGCUUCCCGCUUCAUCCCCGGGUGAAAAGGGGCGAUGCGGAGACUCGGAUUAGAUUAAUGCUUCGCCAUUGAAUUAUUGUUUAAUCUUUGCUUCAAUUUGUCAUAUUAUUAUUAUUAUCAUUCAUUGACUUACCUUACGUACUACUUUAUACGUUGUGGUUAAUAUCUAUUCACGUUUCUUUUGUAUGUCUAUAAUUUUUAUUUCUUUACCCCUUUUUGUUCAUUUUUUUUAGUUAGCUUAUUGGUCUUUUCGCUUCGUCGUUUAAACGCGAUUAAAGACCUUAGUAGCGGUAUUGUGAUAUUAAGAAUUAUAAAGAGUAACUAAGAGAGAGAGAGAGAGAGAGAGAGAGAGAGAGAGAGGAGCGAGUGCAUGAUUAUCGUUAAGGUUUAGAUUAAGGACAUUCGUUUCGUGAGACUUCCUUUGCAGGAUCGAGAGAAAUGCGUUCGUUACGUAUAGAGUGUAGAGGAAUACGAGCGCCCAAUGUUAUCUACGCGCGCACACGAAACGGGAGUCGAAAAUCUCUUUAUGUGGUUUAUUUACAAAGGACGAUGACAUUUUAACUAGUCGAAUCGAGAAUAGUUGGUUCUCCUCUUUCGAAUUGAAUUAAAACGAAUCCCGCGCAACGAGAUUCGAUGAGAUUAGAUGGGAGAGAGGGGGAGCCGUUUCUCGAUAAAACUUGAUAAAAUGCAGCCGUUUCUCUUUCAAUGAAAGUCAAUGAAGCAUAAAUGCUCGCAAUAAAAUUCACCAUUUGAGGGAAACUUUAUGAAUGAAGAGAAAAAAAGAUAAAAAAAUAUUGUUUGUAUAUAUAUAUAUAUAUAUAUAUAUAUAUAUAUAUAUAUAUAUAUAUAUGUUAUUUUUUAUAUACAUUGGAAUAAAUUAUCAUUUUUAUCGACAAACUUGAAUUUUUUGGCAUAGUUCGGUAGUAAAGUUUUAAAAUUUAUCUUCCGUAUUUCAAAAAAUUUAUUACAUAUUUAUAAUUAAGAUUUGAACUAUAUAUCUCAAAUUAGAGAAUGUUAAGCAUUUUUUUCAGAAUCUAAAAAUUAGGAUCUCGCAAGAAUUUUUUGUACAGCAUCUUUUAUGAUCUCGAAAAUCUUGUAUUAGAUUAAAUCAUUUGUUUAAAUUUUAGUUUCAAAAUAAAUUGAAAUUUAUAUUCCAUUUUAUUGAUAAAAUAUAUAAAAUAAAAUAAAAAUAUGAAAAAAUUUAAUAUAAAUAAUAAUAUAACUUUGAUGAUGCAUACACAGACACACACACACACACACACACACACAUUCAAUCAAUAUCGAUAUUUAAUUAAAGAAUACAUAAUUUUUCGAUUGUUUAUUAUAGAUUUCAAGAAGAAAACAGUUUAUGAAAACAAUUAAUACUUGGAAAUUAUAAUCUUACACAAGUAUACAAGUUUAAUAUGUUUCCUUAUUCAAAUUCUCAUUAAAGAUCCAAAGUUGAAGUGAUUUUGGUAACUUUAUCGAAAAGAAAUCAAAAUUGAAAAUCUCAAAACUUCGAAAUGAGAAAUGAUGAAUUUACGACGAGUUCAAAACUUGCCUCUCAAUGACCUAAGAUCUAAAGACCUAAAUGAUGGAAUUGAACUGGUUAAAGAGAUUUAAGGGAGAGAAACAAUCCCGUCCAGAAAACUUUUUCCCAUCAUUCUCCGAGUCGUACAUCUAUAUCUCCUUAUUUUUUUGCAAUCCUUAAAAAAAGGACGAAAGACAUAAUUCAAAAUCGAACAAGAAACACAGCCACUUGAUUAAAUAGAUGCAGGUAUAAAUUUGGGCUAUUACAUUUUUACGAAGGUGUAAGAUUGAUUUGUCGAGAUGACUUUACGAACGAUACAGAAAUGUUGCCCGUUUCAAACCAGUCGGCACUUUAUUGUAAUACAGUGUGAUAUAGAAAAUUAUUUCCCGAAAGAUGAUACACUAUCUAGAAAGAUGAUAAAAAUUACUUCACGAUAAGAAAAAUGAUAUAAAGAAAAAGUUGUCCUUUUAUUAUUAUUAUUAUUAUCCACAUAUAAAUAUCGAUAUAAAAGAAAAUCGAUAAUCUUUCCGGGAAAUGAUAUUUGACAGACACUGUAUAUAUUAACAUGUAAAUCACUGUAAUCGGCAAUUAUCUGUUACAAUAAUAACAAACGCUACAAACAAUGACGUUGCAAGUCGAUUAAUUGUUUUGCAUUGUAGAGCGACGAAAAGCAAUACUCGACUUCGUUCAAUUGUUAUUAUUUUCAUUACGAAUGCGUGUGGGUGAGUCGCACGAAUGUGCAUACAUUUUGUAUUAAGUAUUAAUCAUUUAAAAUAGUUCUUUUUUUACAUGAAAAUCGAUGUGAAUAAUGUAUACGUAUAUUAUCGAAUAUAAUAUAAUUUUUAUUACAUUGCCGCUAAUAUCGUAUAAUAUAUAAUGAUAUAUUUUAUAAAACAAAUUCUCCAAGUAUUGUGCAAAGUAAAGAAGUCAGAGAGCUAUUAAAAGCUUGAAAAUCAUAAA